AUGCUCGAGGCAGCCCGACGGACAGAAGCGUCAGAGAACGGAAAUCUCAACACGAGCCAACAGAUCAUUGAAAUUGUCGCCAUGAACUUAGAUGCACUCAAGUCAAGCGCGUACCUGGAUCAUGGUCGAAUGCAGUCCCUGGAGAUACAAUACUACAUGAUCCGGAUACACCUGGCCUGGUAUCAAGGAAGACCAGAUAUUGCGGACCAUCUGUAUUCUCAGCUUCCGAGAACCACACAGAAAGGUGACCAGUUCACUAUCAUGGAAAUGACUUACAAAAUUGGGGAUCUGGCAUUGUCUUCUGAUCAAUAUGAUACCGCCGUGAAAUGGUCUGAAAGAGCUCUGAGGGCAUGCGAAGCCUGGGCAGACAACGGACAGAAACAAACCCAGCCCUCGGAUCAAAAACUGCUUAUCCUCCAUCAAUACGCUAGGGCGACCCUCAACUGCAAUGAAGCGAGCUCUGGGGAGUCGACCCAAACAGUUUUGGGCGCUCUCGAGCGCAAAUUCACCAAUUCAGUACUACAUUCCGCUAUUGGAACGAUGGAUCUCGCGAGCAGUACUGUGAACGUUCCACGCGCUCUUCUUGAAGGAAUGAACAAGCUUCUGAUCGAGAGGCUCCUACCUUCGUGCAACAAAGAGUUGACCGAAGCAGCCGUCGUUAGCUUCAUUUGGUCUUUGACAGUCUCCGAGGAUUGUCCAACUAGUGUUCUGGACAUACUCGACGAGAGCAUGAAAGUCCUAGACAGUGCGGAAAUCGGCACAAUCAGUGAAACUGCCACAGAAGCUUGUCUUCUUGCUAUCUGGAAACAUGUCGACAGAGAAAUCUCGAGGAAAAACUAUCUCGUUGCAGGAAAUUGGUGUCAUUUUGUCCUUGGACACGGGAUUUUCCUACUGACGUCGGACACUAAGGAGAAAUUCAUGAGGUCUGUAUUCCACAAGGAUACAAAUUCAUACGUUAACCUGGACCAGAAAACUGAUUGUCUGUGCAUUGAAAUCUGGAGAAACGUCCAGGGGACUCUGUAUCUGAAUACACUGUUCAACCAAGUUGAAGGAGGCUGCUCUUACCUCGUGGCUUGCACCUUUGCUGCACUCAAACACGGCGAUAUUCGACUGGCAGCAAAAUGCCUGGGGAUGACCACCAAAAAGUACUACGACUGCCGUUCGGAGGGCUGUGAAGUAGCGAAGUUGUUGCAAUACCUGCUAUGUUUCCUCACAGAGAGGUUAGACUCGCUUCAAGGGGGUGAAUCUCUCUUAACCCAGACCUUGUCAAUCCUUGAGACCGCUUUAGUGGAAGUAGACUGUGCCGAACAGAAGACGAUCCUCUCCUGUCUUGACGCUAGCUUCACUGCCGACAAAGCUCAUUCGAUUGCUCUGAAAGCGCUGAAAUCAUCUCAGGUGGACUUGACCGUCCGGUUUCUGGAUCUGUCUAUCCAGGUGACUACCUACUUGGCGCCCAUACGCGAGGCCGUAUCCUGA